AUGAACAUUUUCCAGAGUAGCAGCGUUGGGUUUCGGCAGGGCAAGAGCCUCGCUGACGACGCCACCACCCUGUCGGUGCUGCGAUACCCUAUUCCAGCCUCUGCACCAGGUGACGGUGGCAUUCGAACUCCGCUGUCGUCCGGAAGCGGCGCCAGCGCCCCCGCGAAGCAGUCAGCAGACCUUCCCGCGCUACUGGCGGCCGCGCAGCAGACGCGCCCCGCCGCCGCUAAGUGGGACCAGAAAAUGUUUCCAUCAGUGCCGUACUACGGCAUUCUCAGCCGCUGCGAGGUUCACAUAGAUGUAUCCAUCAGGCAUGAUGUGCCAACACCUGCCUGGUCGACGUCAGCCGAGACGGGGACGUCUGUAGAGACGCUGCUGCCCAAUCCAGCUACGACAAUGACCCGUAUGGCGCACAUUCAGCGCUGUCUGCAUGACGUCGCGGAGCGCUUUGGUGCUGUUUAUCAUCUCAGUACCUCUGCCGCACUCUCGGAGAGCGUAGUAGCGCCGCUGCCGCCGACUCAAGGUGGUCCUUCGUCGGCUGCGUUUCUCCACUCACCGAUGACUUACGGGGCAUACGUCCAGGCACUACACGACUCAUUCCGACGCCUCAGUGCGCUGCGGCAGACGUGCGUUUCUGUAGGCGGGGCUGCGUCAGGCGCCAGCCCUGCUGCAGCCGCUGAUGGUAUGGCUACUCACCACACCUUCUAUAUGCGCCUUCUCGGCCAUCCAUCCUGGAAGGACCUCAGCGCGCUGCUUUGCGUGGAGAAGGGCCGCCUGCUCGUCUGCCUCAUCUCUUCUUCUCGGAUAACACAGAAGUACUUGACAGCGGCUUGUACUGCUGCUGGGGUGAGCUUAGAUUGGUUUGGCGGGGCAGCGCUCAUGGCGGAGCCACUCCGACUGAGCCCUGGCGGUGUGAAUCCAGUGUGGGUGGUGUGGGAUGCGCUGGUGCACCUACCACUACUUUCACCCUCUUCAGCCAAACGGGAAGAGAAGGUGGAGGGGCGCGCGGGUGGCGCUGAAGACGCUGCGGAUACCCUGGAGGACGUUUCGGCAGGGGUGCGUGAGGUACUGAGCAAGGUGGUGCAAGCCGGCACCGCUCUCUCCGGCUUCAACAUCUCGCUCAUCUCUUCGAUGCCUUUUCAAGGCGCUACGCGCUGCAGUCAAGUCGGUCGGAUCACCGAAGAGGCACCCGUGUUCGCUCACGAAGACCACCAUCCAUCAGCUCUGUUGGCUACAGCCGCAGCCGCAGCUACUCCUUCUUCCCUCUUUCCAACGGUGGCGAAGCGCCCCACGCGUCCUGCCGUUGUCGCCUGUCGCUACGUCUGGCGUCUCAUUCCAUCCCCACCACCGUCUUACCUGACCCCAGUUUCCACGUCGCCAUCUGCAUCAGCAGCGCUGUCGCUGUCGUGCUGUGCGGUCCUACCAUUUUUCAUGUCAAAGCUGCUUGCCUGUCUCAUAGAGGAGUGCGGGCUCAUUUCCUUUACGGUGCGCUGCGGCGGCCCGGUGGAGGUGACCACGCAUCUUGGCGCUCCAUCUGGGUCGACCGAAUCUACCACGUCACGUGCAGUUGGGGUGCGGCUGGUGCACAGCAGCGCUCCAUCACUGCUCACCCUGCAACAGGGACCCAGUUCCUCUUCGUGCCUCGCGUUUAGUCGGUUGAGUGGUGCGGCCUGGGUCGACGCUGAGACGCGCGAGGGCCUGAGCCUCGGCGGGUUCACUACUGCCUUUGGCCAGUCGGAUGAGGAUGCCUUGAGCGACGCGGAGGAGGACACCGAGCUCGAGUUCGAACUCAUGACGAUCCGCUACGAGCAGCGCGGUAGGCUGAAGGCAGUGGAGGAGGAGACGAACAAGACAAGGGUCGGUGCUGCCGCCGCCGUUGGCAAGAGUAUCGGCCGUUGGCCAGUCAAGCGCGCUCGAUGCGAUGCCGCUAUGACCACGGAAAAGGACCACGACGAUGCCUUUAUUCAGCCAGCGCAGUGGGGGCCGUCGUUUGCCUUUGCUGUGGCAGUGAAGCGCCUCAUCGCUGCCAACGAUAUGGCGGAUUGA